UUCGGAGCUACUGCUUCAGUUUGGUGGUUAAUCGCGUUGUGCGUACUUCGUAACGUGGUACUCGACUCAGCUGGAGUAUCUUUCACUUAGUAUAUAAGGAAAAAUCUUGUCUCAUUGUUAACUGCGCCUGCUUCCUGCUUCACAUAAAAGAUACUAGGAAAAAAUUGUGUUAUUGGGACGUGGCUAAAACUCCAAGUGAAAGAAAGAAAUAAUAAUUGCAUACUUUGUUUUGAAAAUUUAACCCAUACCGCUGAAGAUGAAGCGCAAAGGAUUUAAGCAGGUUAUUACUCUUUUCUCGUUAAUGACCAUAUAUUUGGAUUUUCCUGAUGUUGAGGCGGUGCGCGUCGCCAGUUUGCAGCCAAAGCAACGUGUUAAAGACAAUCAAUCGGACCUCACGCCUUCCGGCUCUUACUGGCAGCAGCACGUGGCCACACCCAGCAGCUCGACCCCCUUCGAAUCGCCCUUCUAUUCGGCCACACAUGGCCUCGUACAGACCCACCCCUCUUUAAGUGGGGGUCAUCCACGCCCUGUACCUCUGAGUAGCAAUAGUUUGGGGUCUGGAGUGCCUGUGUCAGGGGCUACCAGCGGGAACCCAUCCCUGACCGCUGGCAGUGGCUAUCUCAACUCCCGCGGAAGUCUGCCGAGCUCCGCACGUUAUCCAGUCAACAAAAUCACCGGAACCGUAGUUGAGCCCAAUCCAAAGUCUCCAUUUCGUCACUUAGAUUUCUCUACAAGUGCGACUGCGGAACUACGACGCAAUCCUGCCCUUUCUGCGCCAGACGAAUGUGCUCGGGCUUGCCGAGAAGGAGAGCCGCCAAGAAUAUGCUACUAUCACUUUACACUGGAAUACUACACCGUCCUGGGCGCCGCUUGCCAGGUAUGCACGCCAAAUGCAACGAACACUGUUUGGAGUCACUGCCAAUGUGUCUUAGCUGAUGGCGUUGAGCGUGGAAUACUUACAGCGAAUCGCAUGAUACCUGGACCCAGCAUUCAGGUGUGCGAAAACGAUAAGGUUGUUAUUGACGUGGAGAACCAUAUGGAGGGAAUGGAAGUGACCAUCCAUUGGCACGGUAUAUGGCAACGUGGUUCGCAAUACUAUGAUGGUGUACCGUUCGUCACCCAGUGUCCCAUUCAGCAAGGUAAUACUUUCCGUUAUCAGUGGACAGGAAAUGCUGGCACACACUUCUGGCACGCCCACACAGGUCUUCAGAAACUGGAUGGACUUUACGGUAGCGUUGUUGUCCGUCAGCCCCCCUCUAGAGACCCGAACUCGCAUCUAUAUGAUUUCGAUUUGACCACUCAUAUAAUGCUUAUAAGCGACUGGUUGCAUGAGGAUGCUGCAGAACGCUAUCCUGGCCGUCUGGCCGUCAACACAGGUCAAGAUCCUGAAUCAAUGCUGAUUAAUGGCAAGGGCCAGUUCCGCGACCCCAACACUGGUUUCAUGACCAAUACACCGCUCGAAAUAUUUACGAUUACACCCGGCCGUCGUUACCGUUUCCGUAUGAUUAAUGCGUUUGCCUCUGUCUGUCCGGCCCAAGUGACGAUAGAGGGUCAUGGUAUGACUGUUAUUGCGACUGAUGGUGAGCCUGUUCAUCCUGUUGAUGUCAACACAAUCAUUUCCUUCUCAGGCGAGCGAUACGAUUUCGUUAUCACUGCGGAUCAGCCCGUAGGAGCAUAUUGGAUACAAUUACGUGGCCUUGGUGAGUGCGGCAUUCGUCGUGCUCAACAGCUUGCAAUUCUACGAUACGCCCGUGGUCCAUAUCAGCCUGCGUCGGCUCCCCCAACAUACGAUGUAGGAAUACCUCAGGGUGUGGUCAUGAAUCCCCUGGAUGCUCAAUGCAACCGUCAACGGAACGAUGCCAUAUGCGUGAGUCAAUUGAAAAACGCUCUUGAAAUAGAUCGCGGAAUUUUGGCAGAGAAGCCAGACGUGAAGAUUUUCCUGCCGUUCCGAUUCUUUGUAUACCGUGCAGAGGAUCUUUUCCAGCCAAACACAUAUAACAGAUUUCUGGUGGCACCCACGGGAGAUCAUGUUAUUUCGCUUAUCGACGAAAUAUCCUAUCUUUCUGCACCAGCGCCACUCACAUCGCAGUACAGUGACAUUAACCCCGAACAAUUCUGCAACGGCGACAAUCGACCAGCCGACUGUGGACCGAAUUGCAUGUGCACUCAUAAGAUCGAUAUACCUCUUAAUGCUAUUGUGGAAGUUGUUUUGGUGGACGAAGUGCAACAACCAAACCUGUCCCAUCCAUUCCAUUUGCACGGGUACGGGUUCAGUGUUAUUGGUAUUGGCCGAUCGCCUGAUUCAUCAGUAAAGAAAAUUAAUCUAAAGCAUGCUUUAGACUUAGACAGACGGGGACUUUUGCACAGACAGUAUAAUUUGCCACCGACUAAGGAUACGAUUGCGGUGCCAAACAAUGGCUAUGUCGUGCUCCGCUUCAGGGCCGAUAAUCCCGGCUUCUGGCUUUUUCACUGUCAUUUUCUAUUCCACAUCGUUAUUGGUAUGAAUUUAAUUUUGCAGGUCGGCACUAACGCUGACCUGCCACCCGUGCCUCCAGGUUUUCCAACAUGUGGCGAUCACACUCCACCCAUACCCAUAAAUUAGGCAAUGGCAAUGCCAGCAAUGGAAAUGCCAGUAGCACACAAACAGACCAAGUUUAAUACGGAUGCUCAUCAAUUGAAACACGACUUAAAAAAUGAUGCAUUUAAACUUAAAGAAAAGACGACACCUACUGAUUGUAGUGUGUAGACAAUUUCCGUAUAUAUGUAUUUGUACGUGUAUAUGAAUGUACAUAGAUGCA